AAUUCUGUUGUCAAAUUGAAACGGAACGUAAUAGUUGUCGUCGGUGGUCAACGUGAACAAAAUCCCGAUUUCAUCAUUUUUUUAGGCGUUACUGUGUUUAUUUAACUAAAAAGACACGUUAAAUCAGUCAAGAUGCCUUUAUCCUGUCGAUUUUACCAAGAAAAAUAUCCAGAAGUGGAGGAUGUAGUGAUGGUUAACGUGCGGUCAAUAGCAGAGAUGGGUGCAUACGUGCACCUGCUCGAAUAUAACAACAUUGAGGGCAUGAUCUUGCUUUCCGAAUUGUCGAGGAGACGUAUCAGGUCUAUCAACAAAUUGAUUAGGGUGGGCAAAACUGAGCCCGUGGUGGUUAUAAGAGUGGACAAAGAAAAAGGUUACAUUGAUUUGUCAAAACGUAGAGUCUCAGCAGAGGACAUAGAAAAAUGUACAGAACGGUAUGCAAAAGCCAAGGCGGUCAACUCAAUCCUGCGUCACGUAGCCGAGCUGCUCCACUAUGAAAGCUCCGAACAGCUAGAGGAGUUAUACAAGAAGACAGCUUGGCACUUUGAAGAGAAAUAUAAGAAAAAGGCGUCUGCUUACGACUUCUUCAAACAAGCUGCUGUAGAUCCCUCUGUUUUAAACGAAUGCGGUCUCGAUGAGAAAACAAAAGACGUUCUUCUUGCCAACAUUAAGAGGAAGCUGACAUCACAAGCGGUGAAGAUCCGUGCGGAUAUCGAGUGUGCAUGCUACGGAUACGAAGGCAUUGACGCUGUCAGGGCUGCGUUGAAGGCUGGCCUUACGCUGUCCACUGCGGAUAUGCCAAUCAAAAUCAACUUAAUUGCCCCACCUUUAUAUGUAAUGACUACAUCAACGCCCGAAAAAGCGGACGGUCUCAAAAUCCUGCAGGACGCAAUCGACAAAAUCAAAGAGAACAUCAUGGGCGCCGGCGGAGUUUUCAAUGUACAGAUGGCGCCUAAAGUGGUGACCGCGACGGACGAAGCAGAACUGGCCAGGCAGAUGGAGCGCGCGGAGGCCGAGAACGCGGAAGUGGCCGGCGACUCCGCCGAGGAGGACGAGGACCAAGGCAUGGGCGACGCAGGAGUCGACGAACCGCAGCAGAACGGCGCCUCCGACGAAGACGACGACAACUGAACUGUAUCAUACUGUCAUGAUAGCCUCAUGUUAAUAAUACUAUAAUAUACACACGUUUUAUACAAA